AUGUCGUGGACCUCGCGACUCGGCAACUUGGGCCGCUUUUCGCCCUUCACACGCUCUCCGCCUCAGGGCUCAACAAAACAACAAUCCGGCGACCCGACCGCCGAUCUGGGCCCGCCUCGAGACACCGACAUCAUUCGACUGCGCAACAAGAAGCAUGAAUAUGCUGUGCACUUUCCCGCGUACAGCAUCGCAAAAGGCGAGCUUACUAUCGGACAAGUGCGAGAGCAGGCAGCUAAGAAGAUUGGCACUGCCGACCCACGACGCAUCAAGCUCUUGUACAAGGGGAAGAACUUGAAGGACGACUCAAGAACGUGCAAGCAGGAGGGUCUGCGAGAGGGAGCGGAGCUCAUGUGCACCAUUGCUGAAAAGCUCGAGUCACCAAGCUCCAGCGACGACGAGGAUGACGAGUUUGGGUACGAUGCAACCACAGCAGACGGCGAGACGAAGCGACGUCGCAAUCGAGGCAAGAAGACCAAGCGUCGUAACAAGCGGGAAGAACGCGAAGGUGUAUCUGGAACAUCCACGCCGCAGCCCGGCGAGCCUAACUUGGGCGUACCGAACAGCCAGCAGCAUUCCCGUAAUCAGUCUCCCAGGCCGCCGACAUCCCCUGCUACGCCUCUGGAUAAGCUGAACGAACUGCACCAGAAGCUACAGACCUUCAUCCCCGACGUUCGUACGUUCCAGACUGCCCCGCCGUCGGAUCCAGCCAAGAAGGAGUUCGAGCACAAACGACUGUCAGAGACCAUCUUGACUCAAGUUCUACUCAAGCUCGACGCUGUUGAGACGGAAGGCGACGCUGAUGCCAGGACUCGUCGCAAAGCACUGGUGCAAGAAACACAGAAGGUGUUGGCGGACUUGGAUGUUGCAAUGAAGUCAUGA